AAUAGACAGUCUGUGUUGAAGCUUUACGGAUAGCGCAAGAUGCAGUGCUUUAUAUGUGUAACAUAUCUUAUGAUCAUAGCCACAGCACAUCCGCCGAAAGGUCGAGAAAUAACUAAAGUGGUCGAGAAACGUUCCAUAUUCAACGAUGUUAUACAAUCACUGCGAAUGCGAGCUCAAUUACCUGAAGACAUCAACUUAAGUGAUGAAAAUAAUAUUGGACAAAACUACGACAGAUACGGAAUUGAAAAUGAAUCACUUCAAUUACCUAACGAUUUAGACUUUAUGCCAAGGAGAAACGAUAGAAUUGAAAUGCCACCGAUGAAAUACCGUUUCCCGAAAAAUCUUAAAGGUAAUGACAGUUUUGAUAAUUCUGAAAGUGCUAAAGAAGAAAUAGUUGUGUACGUAAAUACGCCAGAUGAAGAUGGUGAAAUUAGUUCUACUACACAAAAACCAAAGAAACAAAAGCGUCCAAGACCAGCUGCAAAUAAGAACAAAAACACAUUAGCUAUUAAAAACGAUGAUGUCACAGAAACAGUACCGACAAAUAGUAAGCCAUUUUCGAACACAAUGGGUGGUCUCAGUCAGAUUGGCCAUCGUGAAUCUCAAACAGUAGUUAAGCCUACUGUCAUUGUCAAUUUUAGAGGAUCGGUUAUGCAUAAAGAAAGUGACAUAAGACUCGAAAGAAGACGAAAUGAAAACAAUACAAUUAUACCACAAAAUAUUUUUAAUAUAAAUCAAGAAAUUAAAGUUGAAAGAAACGAUGCAAUGGAUUCAAUUGGUGAAAUGAAAAAAUCACUGAAUGUCAAACAAGACAUAAAUAUAAGAGAUUUGAGAAAGUCACAAAUAGAAGAAGAUAUGAUGAUGUGUGAAACAUCAUCAUCGAAAGAUGAUAAGAAAACAAAUAGAUCAGAUCGCUCGAAUAAGUUCAAUGUCUUACAAAUAAGAUUUACGAUUUAAAAUAAAUAAAAUAAAUAUCUCUAAGCGUAACGAAUAAAACAUUUCUAAUGGACAAGAUCAACUACAGUAAAUAGCAGUAAAGGCAUAAAUGUGAAUAGGAUAUAAAUGAAACUUUAAAGUUUUUAUUACGUGUAUUACAAAAUAUGUUGAAAUUAGUGCCAAGCCCUAGGUUCUAGAAAAAAUGUUAAUAAUGUUUUUAUUUCAUGUACUCUCUGCUCGUUAUAACGGUGAAUGUUGCUAAGCUUUAAUGUGGUUCUUGGUACACCACAGGUUGUGAACAACUUUGAUUACAUAAUUUUUAACAUGUUGACGAUGGACUGAAUUUAGUUUAAGUUAUUUAAGAUUAAUUAAAUACUAAAAAAAUAUAUUAUAAGGGCUAAAGUAGUUAUAAGUAAAUUUCAGUAAACAAAAUAAUUAUAAUGUUUUUGAUUUUACUACUCCAAGGCUAUCACGAAUGUCUCCUACAGUUUCCUAAAUAAAAAUUACAUCAACUUAU